AUGGCAGACACGCAACUACAGUACUUCGGCAGUAGGAAGAAGAAGCGUCCCAGGCGCACCCAACCCCAACCGCAAUUCCACCUGUUCCCGCAGCUGCCCCCAGAGCUGCGCUGCAUGAUAUGGCGCUUCUACUGGACCGCCAAAGAGCUCCCGCGAAUCCACCACUUCCGCCGCUGGCCACGCGACCGCUCACCAGACCGCCGGUACAUCGCUCGGUACCCCGACCGGCGCGUCCGGAGCGUCAAGCACGAUGUCCGGCUGCGGAUGUCGCCAAUCCAUGAGCUCAACGAUGCCGUCUUCAACGGGUUCAAGCGCUUGCCGCUGCCCAGGGUCGAUAUCAGGCGCGAUAUCGGGAUGUUGAUGCCGCCGAGCAUGCAGCUCAACUACGCCGUUCAGCGCCUGCCGCUGCCCGAGGAUAAUGUCACGGAUGUGGACUUCGCGUGGUGGGAUGCCGUCCGUGAGCCGCUGAGCCUCGAGACGAUCCGCGUCAGUAAUGACGGGACGACGGACUGGUUUUCUGCUCUGCCGUCGUACGGUCGGCCGGCAGAUGACUCUGGUUCCUCUUCAGGACAAGAUCAGGAUCAGAAUCUCCCGCAAGGCCAGUCCCUUACCCCAGCCGCGUCUCUGCUCGUCCAGCACACGCGCUACCUCUUCCUCUCCGUGUCCCAGGACUUCACGGGCAUCUCAGCCGCCGACGCCGCGGCGCUCCGUCAGUCGACGUCCCUGCACACCAUCUUCCUCGUGCACGGCCUGCACAGAACGUUCGCCCGUUGCGGGCGGAAUCUGCCCCAUCUGCCGAGCUUCUGCAAGAAGAACGGGCUGCGCAUCUUGUUCGGUCGGUACCUCACCAGUGCGGGCCUGGAGGCAGACGGGGUGGCGGCUCAUCCACGUGCCUGA